AUGCCCGGCAUUCGCAAGUCCACCCGCAUCCACCCCAAAGUCGAACUCGGCGUAGUCGAAGACGCGACAGACCGAUCUUGCUGCUUAGGCAUGAUACCUCCGCUCUCUGCAAUGAUGUCCGUCACACAGUAUCAUUAUGAGACAAGCCUCUUGCCCGAUCAGCAACAUCGCUACUCUCUCCACGCCUUGGACAACCUGAAGGCUCGCCUCAAGGAAGCCUUCUCCAAGAAGCACCAGAAGUCCGAGUCGACUGCCACCCCCGCCAAGACGGAGGCCGCCCCGCCUGUGGAGGUCACCAAGACCAACGCCGCUGAUCCCACAAAGACCGACGUCGCCCCGGCCGCUGCUCCCGCCACCCCUGCCCCUGCCCCGGCUGCCGCCGCCGCCGCCGAGCCUGCUGCUCCCGCCGCGCCGGCGGCCGUCCCCGAGCCGGCCAAGGCCGCUGAGGUUCCCGAGCCCAAGACUCUUGUCAGCGAGGCGCCCCCUACGACUGCUGAGUCUGCCCCGGCUUCUGCCGCUUCGCCUGCCGUUCAGGUUGUGGUCAACCCUGCCACCCCCGACGAGCCCGCCAAGACCGACGCCGCCCCCGCCGUCGAUGCUGCGGCCCCCGCUGCUGCGCCUAUCGCGCAGCCAACUGAGGCUCCUGCUGCCGCACCUGCUGCUACGCCUGUUGCUGCACCCGCCGCUGCCCCCGCUGCCGCGACUGAGGUGAAGAAGGACGCCUCCACCGCCUAG